AUGGCCAUCCUGGGCAUGCCAAGGACUGCGGUUCCAAUGGCAGGGUUGGUCACCAAGAAGACGAAGCAGGAGUUGGAGUUGGAGUCGGAGGUGAGUGGCGGGUCAAUGGGCUUACCUUUCCUCAACCUGGUGAAAUGGCCGUUGCCGGGGGAUGAGAAGCGGACCGAAGGCGGCGAUGGUGACCCUCAUCCAUGUGAGCAGCCAAGUCUCUCCUUCCCUAAAGCGCAUUUGCAACAAUCUGUAGUGGGCCAAAGAGUUGCGUUAUAA